AUGCUCAGAGCUGUACAACAUUACACCAAGGUCGUUUGUCAAACAAGACCGUAUUUGAAGAGAUUUAAUUCAACCAGAAUCCCAGAUCAGGGCGACGAGGGCAGCUCUGCAAUGCUGGAAAGGAUGAAGCAGAUACUAGAGGAGAGAAUAACCAACACACUGUCCAACACAGCCCAAAUUCGACAAAUGAAUCCUCAUGUAAACAGUAUUUUGACAGAAUACGACUACGGGAACCCGGAGAAACAAAAUGUCGACCAUGCAAACGCUUAUAUCAAGAGUGAGCCGUUAUUGGCACACAACAAGCACGCUAGAGACAUUUACUAUUCGAAACCAUGGACGGGAACGGAAUCCAAGUACGAUGCUAACCUCAGAAUGAUUCUUGAUCUGACCCCUAAACCAGUGAAUGAUCCCAUGGCCACUUUUCAACCUAAACGAAAGAUUUCAGUUGGUGAUAAGUUGGCAAACGCAAGAGAUGGCAGCCUAGACUACAAAAUCAAUAGAGACCCUGUAGACAAGGAAAAAGCGAAAUUUAGGGAAAUUUACAAGGAAAAGCUACUAGGUCCAUCAAUGCUACUCACAAAUUCAUCUUCGGUCGAUUUUGUAAAUAGUUUAGCUGGCAAUCGUAUCAAUGCUGUGAUUGACCAACAAACUGGGAAAUUCAAAUCGCCAGAGAUGGAGAAUGUCAGAGGCAAACCUUUGACACUGGAACAUUUGAAAAAUUGCACCGACACAAACUACUUUAUGAAUCAGAUUUUAACAAAACAGGAAGUGUUGCCACCUUGGAUUGAAACACAGCAAAAUAUAAACAAGUCAAUAGAGCAAUUUAGAGACGAUUUGGACCAGUUGUGGUUCAAGUGGAUCGUGAAUGAUUCUGUAAUGAAGGGUAUCGUCAACAGAGCAACCACUGUGGAUCAAGUAUUGGACGAGUACGAAAAGAAUAUUGAAAAGAUCACUUUUGAAGACAAUAAAUUAGCGGAGACGGAUCUUGCUUAUGUUCAAGCCAAAGUCGACUUGUUGAAUUCAGAAGUUAGGCACUACAAUUUACAAUGUCCAAGUGUCAGUGGGCAUAAAUUGAAGUUGGACCAAGAGAGGGAGAUUAAUCAAUCUUAUUGGAGAAGUUUGGAGAAAUUCCCUACGAUGAUUGAAAAGUGGUUCAAGUUGCAUAAAGAAGGACGAAAAUCCAAACUAGUUGAGAACCCAGGUGCUGGAACUUCGAAGUUUUUCAAGGCGCUCAAAAUUGGCGGAUCUCCUGAUAUUCACGAGAAUCGAAAUAUUGAUACUAGUUUGAAUAUAUGGCAAGCGGUCAAGGAUGUUUUCAAGAUGGCAAAAUAA